CCAUCCCAUCCAACCCCAUAUAAAUAAUCAGGUCACAGCUGGUCUGUGCGAAGUACCCUUCAACACCACUUACCAUCCGAUCAACGCCUCACCUCACAUCCUCACCUCCGCAAGAGUCCGCACACCAUCCAUAAAACCCGCCAUGGGCGACUCCGUACCCACCUUCAAGGAGGCCCUCAAGCGAGACAGAGCCGAAUUCGACGACUGCACCCCCUGUCGCGUCGUAGGCACUGUUACAUUCUUGGGCCUGGGCGCCUUUACCUACGUUUCCGGGCACGCGCAGCUUAGCGCGCAAGAGGAGGUGAUCCGCAAGAGCAAGAGCGUGUUCGGCAUGGCGAGUCGACGUGCCGGUAUAACAGGAAUGGCUGCUGCCAUGGUGGGCACAGGGCUGUAUCGGUGGUUCGUUUAGGUCGUGGUGUCUGUGUGUAGCUUUCGAAUCAGGCGUUCC